AUGUAUGUAUCUAUCUAUCUAUCUAUCUAUCUAUCUAUCUAUCUGUCUUUCUUUUUCUUUCUAUCUAUCUAUCUAUCUAUCUAUAUAUAUAUAUAUAUAUAUAUAUAUGCAAUUAUGUAUCUAUAUCUUCAACUAUCUAUUAAUAUAUAUACAUAUAUAUAUAUAUUCAUAUCUAUCUAUCUAUCUAUCUAUCUAUCUAUCUAUCUAUCUAUCUAUCUAUCUAUCUAUCUCACUCUUAACCUAAAUAUAUAUAUAUAUAUUCAUAUCUAUCUAUCUAUCUAUCUAUCUAUCUAUCUAUCUAUCUAUCUAUCUAUCUAUCUAUCUCACUCUUUCACUGGCAUGGAGUCAGUAUUUACUCUUCCAUAUCUUCAUUCUAUUUUUCUCUUCUUCAUACAUUUUUUCUUACCUUAUUGUACAUUGCAUAUUACUGUAUGUUUCUUCCAUGAAUUUAAUUCUUUUUCUUCUUUAAGCCCUUCCUUUUAUUGCCCCACUUCUCCUUUGUUUGCAAUUAUAUAA